ACUCCACAUCGCCAUACCUUCCAUAACUCACCUCUGCGUGGUUACCAAAACCUUCCCCCUUCCCAACCUCCACCACCACUUCAUACUGUGCCUCACAGUAUUCAGCGGCAGACGGUCAGGUCUGCUUCCCAGUCUUUACCGAAGCGAAGCUUUGCAAGGAGGAUCCGCCACCGCAGGGAGAGAGCAAUAGGGCAGCACGGGGGGAUUCCGGUCGGCUGAAAAUUUGGUCAACGGACCAUUCGAACCACCGCUUUCCUGCCCCCACCUUGACCGCUCCCUUCUCCCAAGCCGCCCAACGUCGUCUUUGAGCGGGAAAACUCGGAAAUCCUCCGUCAUGACUAUGCCGCCCCCCGACAAGCCAUGGGAAGCCAAUCAUAAUGUCUCUGUUAUGUGCCCCGACUGUCGCGAGGUGCCCGCCAAUAUUGUGGAGGAAUUUUCGUCCGGGGAUAUGGUUUGCGGCUCUUGCGGAUUAGUGCUCGGUGACCGUAUCGUCGAUACUCGAUCCGAGUGGCGUACCUUCUCGAACGACGAUCAGGCUGGCGAUGACCCUUCCCGUGUCGGAGAUGCGGCGAACCCCUUCUUGAACGGUGCUCAGCUGGAGACCACAAUCUCGUACACUCCGGGAGGCGCUGGAAGGGAGCUUCAUAGAGCUCAGAACAAGACCGCUGGUGAUAAGUCCACCAAAGGGCUGCUCGCUGCGUAUAAGGAAAUUGGUGCGUUUUGCGACUCUAUAAAUAUCCAGAAGGUCGUCUCCGAUGCGGCGAAGCAACUUUUCAAGAUCGUGGAUGAUCACAAGGCCUUCAAAGGGAAGCCUCAAGAAGCCAUUAUCGCCGGGUGCAUCUUCAUCGCCUGCCGCCAAUGCCAAGUUCCUCGAACCUUCCGUGAGAUAUUCGCUCUGACAAAGGUUCCCAAGAAGGAAAUUGGCCGUGUCUUCAAGGCAUUGGAGAAGUUCUUCGCGGCUCAGGAUAGCAAGAAGAUGGAUGAGAUCACCAAGUCGGGCGGCAUCGUGGACGAUAGUCAGCAGUACAAGACUACGAGCUCUACGAGGGCCACCGAACUUAUGAUCCGUUAUUGCAACAAUCUGAACCUCACUCAGAACUGCACCACCAUCGCUCAGGAACUUGCGGACCGUGCUGCCACCAUCGGUACCCUUGCCGGGAGAUCUCCCAUUUCCAGUGCUGCAGCUUGCAUUUACAUGGUAUCCUAUCUCAUGAAACAGCCCAAGACGGCGAAAGAGAUUUCGACGAUCGCGGGUGUUAGCGACGGAACGAUUCGUAACGCAUACAAGCAUCUAUAUAACGAUAGGAACAAACUGAUCGACCCUAAAUGGGUCGAGAAUGGCAAGGGGGAUAUCAGCGCCUUGCCAUCGUCGUAGGGGAUGUCGGCACCCAGUUGUAAAAGCCCGGGCAGCUCGGGGCUCUGUUUGGGUCCAUCCCUUUAACCUCUACGACAACCUGUGACCUCUUGGCUUGGUUUACUCAUUUACUCGGUUCGUUUCGUCUCAUCUCCCCAUUCCCUACCCCUUUAGCUUUUUAAAGUGUUUUUCAUUCUACACGAUAGACCGUGACCCCUCGCGGGGUUUCAAUUCAGGCGGCGUUAAUCGAGGGAUGAUGAGGCGGUGAUUUUCCAUUACAAAAGCAAAAGCUUUCCAUUGUCAUUAUCUGUGCGCUCAGUUUGUUUUGCUAUCUUUCGUUUUCAUUACUUUCAAAGUGUCGCUUUGGUGGGGGAGGGCGGAUAAUGCUUUUACGAGGAGAGAGAGGGGUCUGUAAGUUAUCAAACGAGACCGUACCGUAUGCCUUGUUUUUUAGUGGUUUUUUUUUUUUUUUUGCUCGUGGGAGGUCCUUCCCAGCCCUUUCACCGUGCCGUGUGAUGAACAAAAAUGUAUAAUCGGAAAAGCCAAUAUUCCUUUGAGGACGACUUUUUUAUAUGCACAUAUACGAAUUAAAUUAUGAUAAUAUGCAUAUUUUCACACAGCCCCUUACCUCACACGGUGAUGCAAGUAUGAGUACAGUACGGUGUUGUAAAGACCGGAAUAAUUGAAAAUCUCACCAGGAGGUUGGAGUUGCAUCUCUCCCAACAGGGUCAGUCGCAUUUCUCCUUUUUCAUUCGUCCUGACUAUGGGGCCGAAAGACAAUCCAUUCUCCCAGCGCUAUUCUGAAUGAUUCCGGUUCUCACUGUAGAUGAAACCACAGAAUAUCAUAAUAAUAGAUAGGAACCCCACCCCCCCACUUUAGCCCACCUUUCAAAUGGGUGAUUACCGACGCUUCCGGCUGCUCUACCGUACCGUACAGCACCUGCUGGAGUGUCGUGCCGGUUACCGCUCCUGCUGUCACUGUUGGCAUUUUCGGUGACGAUACGAGCCAGUCCGGUACUGUACUGCAGUUCGUCCGGCCCCAGCUCCAUUAAGGCCCGAGUGCCGAAAAGGAUGCACAGCGUUCUCUGAAGGAGAUAAUAAACUUGUAGUAGCAGUGCAGUAGCGUAUUAUCCUCGCGAUGCAGGAGUCGCUCCUUCCCCCCCCCCCCCUCAAAAGUACUCUGCUGUAGGGAUAUGGUGGCUAU